UUUUUUCUCAUCAUUUUACCUUAGAUAUUCAGAAUAUAAACUUUUUCGUAUUCUAAUUUUUUAAAAGUCUUAAAUUACUUUCAAUAUGGAUGACACUUAUCUUUGUUUUUUCCUUGUUGAAUUAAGGGAUUUUAGGAUCUGAAAAAUAAAUACUGUGCAUUUCCUAGUAUGACAAAUAGAUUUACAAACUGUUGUUUGGCAAAGCCUUGUCAAAUCUAUAAUUAAUAAAUAGCUUGUGUGAACUGUUGCAUCAAGGUGUGUAACAAAAGACAAACGCUGCACGCAGAGCUGCCAGACAACCAGACUUUACUGACAAAAGACCAAGAGCUACAGACUAUGGCUAAUCGUGGAACUCAGGACAGGAUGAGCAAAACAAAGCAGGACUUGAGCAAUGACAGGAGAACAGGAGGACAGAGACCGUCAACCACAGUGAGACCUCGCAGUGGAGGAGAGUCUGGCACAAGACUAAACUGCAAACCAGCAACAAAAACAAACAGCCAUUUGCCGCUAACACAGAAAAAAACAGGAUGUUGUCCAGUAAGAACAGAUGACAGCACGGCUUCAUCUAAUUGUGGAACUCAGGACAGGAUGAGCAAAACAAAGCAGGACUUGAGCAAUGACAGGAGAACAGGAGGACAGAGACCGUCAACCACAGUGAGACCUCGCAGUGGAGGAGAGUCUGGCACAAGACUAAACUGCAAACCAGCAACAAAAACAAACAGCCAUUUGCCGCUAACACAGAAAAAAACAGGAUGUUGUCCAGCAGAGGUGGAACAACAUCCAAAAAGGAUUAUUAGACUGUGCCAGUCUGCUGUUAACAACAAUCAACAAAUGCCAAGAGAAAGCACAAGCAGCAAAACCACAAAAAAAGACCAAAGCAAUGGAAAAGGCUCAAGUGUUGCAAAUAAUAUAAAGAACAACUGGAGCAGAAAAAUAGAAGGUGGAAGCAAUGAAAACCUACCCAUGUUUAAACUCAACCUGGAUGAAACAUGGCAGAACAGAGAUGGAUUCUGCAGAAGAAGCACAUUUGGGAAAACCAUCAUAAAAGAGAACAAGACCAUUAUGAUGAUCGGAGCCACAGGUGCAGGAAAAACCACUCUAAUUAACAGCAUGAUCAACUACAUUCUGGGAGUGCAAUGGAAAAAUGACUUCCGGUUUGUGUUAAUAGAUGAAGGGAAGCAGAAAUCUCAGGCUGAAAGUCAGACUUCGGAGAUAACGGCAUAUCAAAUUAAUCACAUGGAUGGCUUCCGAGUUCCAUAUUCUCUGACUAUUGUGGACACACCAGGCUUCGGUGAUACCAGAGGAAUUUCACAUGACCAGAAAAUCACAACACAGAUUCAGGAGUUCUUUGCUGCCCGUGGAGGCAUCGACCGCAUUGAUGCCGUGUGUUUUGUUGUACAGGCUUCACUUGCCCGUCUGACACACACACAGAAAUACGUCUUUGACUCCAUUCUUUCCAUAUUUGGGAAGGAUAUUGCUGAAAACAUCCUUGUGCUGGUCACCUUUGCAGAUGGGAAAACACCUCCAGUUCUUGAGGCCAUCAAAGUCUCCCAGGUGCCAUGUUCUACCAAUGAGUCUGGAGAGCCUCUUCACUUCAAGUUCAACAACUCUGCUCUCUUUGCUACUAAUUAUGAAUCUGCAGAGGAUGAGGAGUCUGACUGUGACAACUUUGACAAAAUGUUUUGGAAGUUGGGGUUUUCUAGCAUGAAAAAAUUCUUCACAUCCCUUAACACGAUGGAAACCAAGAGCUUGUCUCUCACACAGGAGGUCCUGAAAGAGCGGCAACAGCUAGAAGUGCUUGUGCAGGGUCUCCAGCCCCAAAUCAAUGCUGGUCUGACAAAACUGGAUGAAAUCAAGAAGACAAGAGCUGCUCUGGAGCAGCACAAGGCUGAAAUGGAUGCAAACAAGGAUUUUGAAUACGAAUUAGAAGUAACUGUCCCAAAACAGAUCGAAAACAACACUUCCUACUACUUAACCAACUGCCAAAAGUGUUACUUCACUUGUCAUGACACAUGCGCUUACGCAAAUGACAGUGAUAAAGAUAAGUGCUCUGCCAUGAAAGAUGGAAAGUGUCGGGUCUGUCCUGGAAAGUGUGCUUGGAAUGUGCACUAUAAUCAGAAAUACAAAUGGGAUUAUGUCCCAGAAAAGAGAAAGGAAACUUAUCAGGAUUUAAAAAAGCGAUUUGAGGAAGCACAUGGAGAGGUCAUGUCAAAAGAAAAGAUCUUUGAAGAGCUUGAAAAUGAGCUUGAGCUUGUCCAGAAUACUGUGGCCAUACUAAUAGAAAAUUCUCAACAGUCCUUGGAGCGCCUGCAGGAAAUCGCCCUCAAGCCCAAUCCUCUGUCCACCCCUGACUACAUUGAUCUGAUGAUUGAGUCUGAGAAACAAGAAGCCAAACCUGGAUUUCAAGAUCGCAUUCAGUCUUUAAUGGGCGUCAGGAAGAAGGCAGAGAUUAUCAGUAAGGUUUCCUCAGGAGAAGUGCUUUCAGAGGAUUUGGAAACAUAUAAACCUGUUAACAAAAAAAAGGAAACAUCAUAUGAUCCAAGAGUCCUGCUCAGUAGGUUUAAGAAUUACAUGAUUAAAAAAACAGGAAAUUAUUAAAAAGUUGUGAUUAUCUAUUAUUAUAAUACCUAUCAACCAUAAUUUUUGAUUCUGUUGUAAAAUGUUCUGCAUGCAUUUUUUGACACUUCAAAUACUUAAAACCUUUAUCUUCAUUGUAUGCAUGAUAUGAUUUUUUUUUUUAACAGGUUUGUCAAAAGAAAAAAAUGACGUGUUAUACAUCACAAACUAACUAGAUUGUAUUGUAUUGCUGUUUUGGGAUGAUGCAGUUUUACUUUCAUUUAAUGUACUUAUUUUGCAUGAAUAGGAAAAAAGAAAACUAAAUCUAAACCUUGUGCAUUGCCAAUAAAUACAUUUAAAUCAUGACAACUCUCAAAAUAGUUUUAGCAUGCUAAUGACAGUGACAAUGCUAAUGCAUGCUAUGACAAUUGGUAGUGCCUGAGACAGAUCAGACAAACAAUUUAUUUGUUUUAUUUAAAAGAUCACCAAUCACAAGAUCACUGAAUGAUUCUUAAAAAUUCUGAUGUGAAGAUAAGCUAGAAGUCUCUGAAGGACCAAUAAGUUUGUGCCAGGCUGCGGCCUUGUCUUUCCAUUCAUCAAAGACCUUCUGCAUCAACCCAGUUCUCUCUCUCUCAUCAAGACAACUUCAGCAAAGAUCAACUGAAGCCUCAAGAACUUGUAGUAGGACUCUCACUCAACAGACGAGACUUUGUCUUAUUUGACACAUUAAGUAUCACCUAAUCCUUUUCACAAGUGUUAGAAUGAAGAAACUUAUGUUUCCUUCAGUCUGUUGGUUUUCAGAAUAUGAAAUUUUAUUCUUUACUCUGCUUCAGCUUUAACCCUCUUCCUACACCAAACCCAAACUGUGUGCUUGUUAAUAAAGUCUUGUUUGUAUUGCA